CGCGCAUAGAACUGUGUUUGUGUGUUCUAUAUGUGCACGCACUUGUGUGUUUCAUGUAGGUGUUAAGUAUGCAUGCGUGUACACUGUAUGUACAGUUAAAUGAAUGUGCAAGGAAGUAGCAUUCCUGAUUGAAGUUUCCUGCACAAAAACUUUACUUAGCUUACUCACGGGUGGAUAGUCUAUGUGUAGUAGUACAUAAGUCGUAUAUAUAUAGUAUCAGCCUGUCGAGUGUAUACACUCGUAGCCAAUAUGCCAUCUGCACCCGCCAACAGCAAUGGUGAAAGGCAACCUCUCCUUUCACCGUCCCACAGCAACAAAAACACAAGCACACAAGUCCUAUCUCCCAAUAAAGAGAUUACCGCUGAAAGAAGAGAUUCCGAUCGAUCCAUACUGUUCUCGCCCAGUUUAAACGAAGCGGAACGAGAAGCCUUAAUCGAACAAAAGGAAUACGAACGAAGGCGGCGCGAUGAACAGAGUCGCAGACGAUCAAGCAAUGUUGUGGAUGUCUCUGAAGCUACUGAAAGUGUGAAAGAAGCGCAAGAGAGCAGCAAUGCAUUUGUUAUCAGCUUUGUUCUGAUGGUGGUCGUAGGUUUGGGAAAUAAGAUCUUCAACAAACUGGAAACAAUCCCGAUGCACAACUAUCCCUUCUUCAUCUCCUUGUACACUGUGUUCAUAUACGUUCCGGUGUCGUUCGCCUACAUCAUACCCAUGAUCAUGUUCGGCAACCAAAUAACCAAAGAGGAGAGGCAAAUCCCUCAGAAGACCUUCUUUGUCAUGGGCGCGCUCGACAGCAUCAGUAGUACCAUGAUGACCUUCGCCACGAACUCUCUGGACGGAUCUCUGGUGAUCAUGUUGCAACAAGUGGCCAUCCCAGUGUCGAUGAUUCUGUCGUACUUUCUCAUGGGCGCGAAAUACAACCGCUUCCAUAUCCUGGGAGCGUGCACGGUGAUUAUUGGUCUGUUGGUGGUGCUCCUGCCCCAGUUUUUUGGUUCAGGUGCCUCGAUGUCCCUCGCACAGCUUGGCUGGGUGUUCGUCAUGGUCUUCGCCUGUAUCCCAAUGACGCUCAGUAGCGUCUACAAGGAAGAAGCACUUGGUGACCAAGAGAUAGACCCCAUAUAUCUGAACGGAUGGGUGGCUGUGUGGCAGCUGCUAGUAGGACUACCAUUGGCCAUCCCAGCAGCAUACACUGUACCAGGCGGUUCGAUCACUAAGAUCCCUGAUAUGCUUGCUGGGGGAUUAAAGUGCUAUUUGGGUAUCAACUCGAUAUACGAAGCAUCUGAGGGUGUGACUGUAGAUGACUGCGGCAUGGCCCCCCUCUAUGUCAAUAUAUAUUGCGUCCUCAAUCUGGGCUACAACAUCCUCAUGAUUCUGAUUCUCAAGUACGGGAACGCCAAUCUUCUAUGGUUGGCGAUGGCGCUGAUGGUGCCAAUGGGCUCUGCGGCGUUCGCCAUGCCAUUUAUGCCGGGCUACAAACCGUUGGGAGUGAACGGGUACAUCGGGCUCUUUGUGAUUGUGUCUGGCUUGGCUAUGUACCGGUUUUCGCAUCUGUUCACGUCGCUGUUUAACCGCAUGUUGGGUGUCACCAAGCUACCGAUCACCACCGACAAGAUCAAGAAGAGAGGUAUCAACCACCUGCUGCACCAACGGGGCGACUUCAUGGACGUCACACAGUUCAUCUGGGAGGACUAUUCAUACUCAGUGGAAGAGCAGCUGCGCGAUCUCAAGAAGGAUACAGAGUCUAUUCGCAGUGGCUACUUAGGUCGACUGGGAAUCAGGAGUCCCUCGAUAGGAAAUUCCCCCCUAUUAGAUGGAGGAUCAUACAGCUCUCUCAGUCAAGGCCAGUCGUAUGUGACCAACACUCUUUAACUGCAUACGAGGCAGGUCAUGUACGGCUGCCAAUUGGAACGCGCAUGUACUGUAGAUUGCAUCCGCACCCUAUCAUAUCAACGAUACGAAAUACUGCUGACCUGAGUACUUUUCUAAGCGAGAGAACUGACUUGGCUUAGAUCAGACUUGUGACACGCUGACGAUGUACAGACAUGGGAAAGCAGGUUUCUCUCAGCUGAUAAAUUGUGCGCUUAUGGGGGCGAAACUGCAGGCGCAAGCAACAGAUUUACUUGGAUAGCUUUUUAGUGCCAUUACGUUUACUAUAUCAGAGCGUAGCUUUUCUAUGCCACGACCUUCAUCUGCAUUGGCCUAGACCGCUUGCACCCGAUCAUCAGUUACAACGUGCUCAUCUCAUACCACCUGAGGGCUACAGGCGUGUGGGUUACUGGGAUUGACGGGGUGGGGUGUCUGCUAUGCUUUGCUACAGGCGAAGUACACGGAGAUUGUGGCUGGUACUAUUUAUGGCGCACACGUUGAAAGCGGAGAGGUUUCAUUGGCCACCUCACAUGAGCAAAUUAAAUAUCAAACUUAGUACACUGUUGAUGCUGCAAAACCCAUAUCAUUGCUGAGCAACAUACCCGCCGACGGUAUCGAUCGUUCUGGAAUUGUAGAUGAUUCACUCACCGAUGUAUGCUACUUACGCUGAUAGCUUCUAUUUAUCCAGCCUCCAUCCGGCUAAUAAGAAAGUGGCGAUGAGAAACCCGUGCAGAGGUACUCAAAGCAUAUACAAUGUACUAUAAGUGCGCUUCCCUUUCCGACUUCCACGCGAUCCUUUCUGUAGUGGGCAGUGGCUACGCCAUCCUCUCGUCAAUCUGUUACUAGUACCGCUGUCCAGUAGGUUGGGACCGGCCAUAGCUGACAGGACAAAUAGUCUGUGAGUGAUAUUCUUCUCCGUUUCUUCUCAGUGUGCUGCGAGUGAGCAAACUUGGUAUGCCUAUAUGUGAGCCGUGAACUUAUACAGCUGGAGUUGUCCGAUGAAAGUAACACAGCAUACUUUUUAUUAAACUACAUGUAUCUAUUGUCACUACCGCCAAUCCUUCCUUAUUUGCGUGCCUGUUGCUGCUGCUUUUGAGCAUCGAUCUGCAUCGCUUUGGCCUUAGCAACAUAGCACUUUCUAAAAA